AUGGUCACAGGCUUUACAGACACCCCCAGGGCCACCUGGAGCCCUGGUGGCAGCUGGGGUCCUGCGGAAGGUGAGGGCUCCCUGCCUGUCUGUGGGAGUGGCAUCGUCCUGCUGAGAAGUCCUGCCAGCUGCUGCCUGCAAGCCGGAGCCCCAGGAAAUCUGGUGGUGUGGCUCCAGUGUGAGCCUGAGGGCCUGACACCCAAGGAGCUGACGGUGGGCACCCAGUCCCAGGGCAGAAGGCCAGUGUCCCAGCCGGGAGCUGACGGCCUUCGAGGGGUUACAUGGUCCCAUGCACACGGGGAGGCAUCUGCUUGCCACAGUCCACCACUGCAAACGCUGGUCUCAUCCAGAGGCCCCUCGCAGACUCCCCCGAAGACAGCACGUCCGCAGCUAUUGGGUGUCCUGGGCUGGCCAGGUGGACACACAGACCUCACUUGUGCAGGUGUCAUGUUCCUUGGUCCUGGACAGCCUUGGUGGGGAAGUUUCCAGAAGUGGCGCCUGCUCCAUGCCCCCCACAUCAGCCCCAGGGGCUCCUGGUAUCCUAAACCUGCAUCCCUGCUCUUGGCCCGGCUGCCAGGAAUGCUGCCAAUGUCGGUUCCUCUGAAUCAAGGUCCCAGGCCAGCUCGCUGUCUCCAGCAAGAAAGGGCCAAGCAAAGCCACAUGAGGAGAAGGGAAGGGUCUGGCCUGUCCUUGAAGAGUGAGCACCCUCCCAUGAGAUUGGAAUCCUGGGAAGCAAAGUCCGAGCACUCCGGAAAAGUCUAAAGGGGGUUCCCAGAGGCAGAAGAAGUUGUCCAGGCGGUGUGUCCUACCACAGCCAGCAGCUCCCAGCACGUGCUCCCAGCAGCCAUUCUGGCCUGGCAGGUCAGAGCCAUGGUCAGUGGCAGCUACUGAACCAGUGCCCGUGGGCGUCAUCUGCCUUUUCUCUCUUGCGUCUAACCAGCAUUUCUCGUAACUAUUCUGAAAAGACUCCAGUCACUUCCUCCACCACCUCUUCUGAGCUGGGGAUGGUACACGGGGUUGGGGAAAAAUCAAUUUAUCAAACAAGCAAAAUGUAUUUAGCACCUGCUUGCUGUAGACCAGGCACCGGGCAGGGCUUGUGAAAAGGAGUUUAAGCCCUCUGGACCCUGGAAACCUUAUGGGAGAGAAUUAAAAUAAACCAGAGGGGCAGAGGUAAGAGCUUUACCUUCUGAAAGGUGCACCACUGAACACCAAGAGGAAUCAACCUGUCUUGUACGUGUAUAAUGAACCUACCACGACGAGCUCUCCAGGAUGACCACUGGGCGGGAUGCACCAAGAAUCAGAGGAAGGGGGUGACUUUGACCUGAGGAAGCUGUCAUUCUCUGGGGAGACAGACAAGAUGGGAUCAAUAAACAGACAGGCAGAUGGUCUGCCCUUGACCUUCGUGUGAAAGGAGAAGACGCUGGCACAAAGAUCUCACUUCCGUGUCCGUCGUAGUAGUAUUUGAUUUACAUACUCUCCACCUGUUUCUUUUUAUGGUCUUGGUAAUUGCAAAAUUAUUACUAGCUGUAAAUAUUUCAAACAAUGUGGUAGAAAAGGCAAAGUCCCUCUUCUAGUAGAGAAAAUGGAGGCCAGGUGUGGUGGCUCAUGCCUGUAAUCCCAGCACUUUGGGAGGCUGAGGCGGGCGGA